CUCAAAUUGUCCUUCUCUUUCACUUUCUCGUUUUUUUUUUAUAUAUAUAUAUAUUUUUUGAAAACCUUUUUUUAUUAUUAUUAUUUACGCACACUAUGGAGACCGCAGACCCAGUAAUGACUUUUUUUCACUACAGACCCAGCACAUCUCUGGCUGUUAUGUCUUUGAUAAACUUUGACUUUAUUGCAAUCUACUUGGUCACUCGUAUAUACAUGUCUAAAGGCCCCAAUUUCCUGUAUAUGCUACCAGUCAUAGCUUUUAUAGAAUCCAGUGGAUUUGUUUAUAGAGCAGCCUUUCUCAGCUCACCGUCAUUCUCUAAAUUUAUCAUCAUGACAAUAUUCUUAAUGAUACCUUCUUCCGUUCUUACUUUGGUCAACUAUAUUACUCUAGGCAAAAUCAUCAAGCGGUCGAAUGUUCAGUCAACGCAAUUCUUUUUAAAUCCUGCAUUUGUUACCUGGUUCUUUUUUAUAGUCGAGGUCCUUUUCUUCUGGGUGCAACGAGUGAUUGAUAAAGGCAACGCUCUUAUUGUUGUCAAUAUUAUCGGCCUUUCUGUGCAUGCAAUCCUAUUUACAUGCUUUGUGUUUAUUGCGCUUUACAUCCGUCAAAGUCCAGAAUACGUAAUUUCUGUGAAGAAUCAACCUUACGCCAAAGAACGUGCGAUUAUGCUAAUCAUUGUCACAUCCACGUUACUCUUCAUCCGCUCGAUAUAUACGGCCUGCUUGUACACAACUGGCUUGGAGGGUCCUAUCGGCAGCACUGAAUGGACAUUCUACAUAUUUGAUAUCUCCAUCGUCGGUUUAUGUUUUGCACUUCAUUGCAUCUUUUUCAUUGGCGAUUAUCUCCCAAAGAAACCAGCCUUUGGAUCUCAAUAUAUUCCUGUGUCUAGGUUCGAUAAUUUGGACGAAGACGAUAUGAUUCCGGAUCACAACAAACAUAUUGCCGUCUUUAAUAAUGUACAAAGUGUCAACUACAGUAUCGGAUCCGAGAUUUGAUCAAUCUAUAUACCGUCCCUUCCACCCACCCACUGCCCCCCCCCCCUUUUUUUUUGGUUUUCUAUUCAAAUAUAUGUAUGCGAUUGUAAAAAAAUAAAAAGAUAAGAAUUCAUCGUCAUAAUAAUAU